AUGAAUGAAGAAGAUGCUCUAGCUGAGAUAAAUUUAGAAGAUACACAACCACAAGCACAACAAAGUGAAACUCAAGUAGGGGAAUCAACUCAAGCUCCACGCAAGAGACGUAAAACAUCGCUCGUUUGGGAAGACUUUGUGUCAGUGGGAGUAGAAGAAGAUGGCAAAGAAAGGGCCAAGUGUUUGCAUUGCGGUACGAAGUUAGUGACACGUAGUGAAACGAAUCACAUCUUUGGGACUCAUCAUCUUCAACGCCACUUGGAUACUUGUUCAAAGAAGCCUUUGAAGGAAGCUAAACCCGCAUAUGAUCAAAAGAUAGAUCGUGGUCUGAUUAGCGAGACCGCUGCUGCUGAUAUUUUUAGGAAGUAUGAAAUAGAAAAAGAAAAGCUGAAAAAAGUGUUUGCUGGCCACCUUGGUCGGGUUUGCUUCACUUCUGAUCUCUGGACAUCUCGUCCUCAUAACUUAGGAUAUAUUUGUCUUACUGCGCACUUCAUUGAUGAUGGUUGGAACUUGCAUAGUAAGAUUCUGGCUUUUUGUGAUUUUAAACCGCCACACACAGGAGAAGAAAUCGCUAAUAAGAUUUUCGAGUGUAUGAUGGAAUGGGGUUUAGAUAAGAAGGUGUUCUCUAUUACCUUGGACAAUGCUACUAACAAUGAUAGUAUGCAGAGAAACCUCAAGGAAAAGCUUCAGAUGAUUAGUGGUUCUGGCUUGUUACGUGAUGGCAAAUUUUUGCAUAUAAGAUGUUGUGCUCACAUUAUGAAUUUGAUAGUAAAAGAAGGCUUAGAAUUAGCAAAGGAUCUCCUAUAUAACAUCAGGGAAAGUGUUAGAUACGUGAAGGCAUCUCAGACAAGAAUUCAAGUGUUUGCAGCGUGUGUAGAGCGAGUGAGGAGUGGAAGUGGAGCUGGUUUAUCACUGGAUGUUCCUACUAGGUGGAAUUCUACGUAUGAAAUGCUAGUUAGGGCAUUGAAGUUCAGGAAAGCAUUUGAAAACUUGGCUGUUGUUGACAGAAACUACCAUUCAUUACCUUCUGAAGAUGAGUGGAAUCGUGGAGAAAAAAUAAGUGAGUUGCUGAAACCUUUCAGUAUCAUUACUACUCAUUUUUCAGGAUCUAAGUAUCCCACAUCUUGUGUGUACUUCACUCAAGUUUGGAGGAUUGAGCUACUGCUGAAAAAAUUUGCGAGUUGUGAUGAUUAUGAUCUGAGGCAAAUGGCUAAAGAUAUGCAAGUUAAGUUUACUAAGUACUGGGAGGAAUACAUCAUCAUUUUGGCUAUGGGAGCAAUAUUAGAUCCAAGAAUGAAGUUGGAUGUGCUUGAGAAAGCUUAUGAGAGAGUGGAUCCUGCUACUUCUAGCUUAAAAACUGAAGUAUUUAGGACUAACUUGAUUGAUCUUUAUAAGGAGUAUCAGGAUGGGACCCGAGGCAGUUCUUCAGGUGCUUCACCUGUUCCAAAUCCACAGGAUCUAGUUACUGGAUCUCCUCUUGAAGAUGAUUUAGACAAUGAAAAUUCUUAG